ACAGCGAGGAAAAUAAUAAAGAACUCUAAAAUAGACCAUGCUGAGAUUGUACUCGUAAACGAGCUUUCAGGAAUAUUUGAAGCAGAUAUGGCAAUGGAAGAUAUGCAUGUAGAAGUAUACAUGAACAAUAGUCCGUGCAGAGAUUGUGCUGAGCGUCUUUUGGAAUUCCUUACAUCACAUCGACGAGCAAACAUUACCAUUCAUUUUUCAAAUCUUUAUAAAAUUUGGCGUAAAUCUUGCAUUAUGGAAAGGUGUAAACACUGGCUGGCAGUAAAGCGAAUUGAUAGUAAUGACAAUGCGGAUGGGUUAAGGAUGCUCAUGGACCAUAGACGCUGCAAUAUACAACCAUUCGACUGUAAAGCAUGGCUAGAUUUGAUGGGUAUUUUACAUAUUCAAUCUCCAGAAUUCGAGCAAAUCUACAUGUAUCAGAAUGAUGGAAACGAUAGAAGUCGGGAAAAGGAAGAUACUCUUCUUCAAAAAGAUCUAAAUCUUAUUACGGAUCAGGAGAUGUGUAUGGAAGAAGAGGUAUUUUAUCAAUUAUUCAGCCUCCAAGGAACAAUGAUUAUUGUUUACAUCGUCAAUAAUGAGAACAGAGCCCGUUUUUCGACAAGAGCUUUUCAUGGCGAGACGAAAGAUGAGGAAGAAUUUCGUCGAGAUAUCUGA